AUGAACAGAUGCUUGAAUAUAUUCGAUUUACCCGAUGAAAUUUUACUUGUUAUUUGUAAUAAAAUAAAUAUAGUUGAUGUUCUUUAUUCACUUGUGGAUGUUAAUCAAAGAUUUGACCGAUUAGUACUUGAUCCUCUUACUAUUCGUAAUCUUAGUAUGACUAUCAGAACUUUUGAAUCAUUGUAUGAUCAGACCUUUUCAAUAGAUGAUAAAAUUCUUUCAAGAAUAUGUGAUAAAAUCUUAUGUCGAAUUUAUGAUCAAACAAAUACUCUUACUGUUGAACAAUAUUCAGUAAAACGUAUUCUUCAUGCUGCUAAUUAUCCUCAACUGUAUUCAUUAUCAUUUAUUAAUUUUGAAGAAGAAAUACUUAAUCAAUAUUUAACAGAUGAUUCUAUUCUUCGUGAUUUGCUUAGUAAACAAAUAACACAUCUUAAUAUUGAUAUAAAGAAUGCACAUAGAGAAUGGUUUAAAAUCACAUCAAAGAUUUUUGUUUUAAUUUUAUCUUUAUGUAAAAAAUUAAUCGAUUUAAAUCUUUGUGAUUUAUUUUUUGAACAAAAACAUUGGAAUCGUAUUUCUCGUUUAACAGAAACAAGUUUAACGUCUUCAACUUUAACUAAAUUAAAAAUUAAUCUUCGAACUUUUACUGAAUGUUUGUUUCUUCUUAAUGGAAAUUUCGAAUGUUUAACAACAUUAAUUCUUCAUGUGGAAAUGAUUUAUCAUCCGAUACGACACAUAGAUAAUGCAGUAUGUAUUCGAUUUCGAUCAUCCUUUCUAUAA